AUGGAUUUUAUCAUCUUCUUCCUCGGAUAUGUUGGGUUGUUUUCAGUGGUAGCUGUGGUUGUCUUAUUUUCAAACUCAUUCCCUUUUCUGUCAAGCCUAACAGAAAGGAUUUUGUACACUGUAGUUCCAGCUUUUGUCAUUAGAUGGGUUACUGACAUAUUCAACUAUGUUUUCAACACAAGAAACCAUGUAAUGCAGCUGGUCUUUGGUGCACUGGUAAUGGGAGGCAACAUCAUCUUUAUGCUAGACAUCCUUCCACUGCUGUAUAUCUUUGAGCCAGAGAAGAAUCACUUACUGCUUCCAAUGGUGUUGCUUUUUUCCAACGCUGCCGCAUUCCACGUUAGCUGUGCGUCAGACCCUGGGCGGGUAACUCCAGCAAAUGUUGCCAUGCUUGCCUCCCUUUACAAGGCAGAUGGUGUCAUAUACAAAGCUGAUGUGGAAUGUCGGACGUGCAAGGUGAUCAAACCACCUCGUUCAAAACACUGCCGAAUCUGUAAUUGCUGUGUGCAUAGAUUUGACCAUCAUUGUAUAUGGACCAACAAUUGUGUGGGCGGAGGUAAUCUCCGCUUCUUCCUGGUAUUCCUGCUGACUCUGGUGGUCAUGAUAGUCAAUGGAGCAGUCACAAGUACUCGGGCCAUGGUCUUGAUGGUAACCCAUUUCAAGAUGCUGGAGACGGGCUACGUAGACCCCCAGACAGGUCAGGUGUUGCCAAUGACCAUGCCUGUUCUCAUUCAGUUCUUGUUCAUGCAGCACCCACGCUGCGUAUUUCUGAUCACAUCUCUGGCAAUGCUCACCUUGCUCUUGGGCCUGUUCACACUUUACCACAUAUACCUGGUGAUCACCAACCAGACCACCAACGAACGCUACAAAAUGGCCAGCCUGCCCAUCAACAACAACAGCAGUAUUACUCAGCCUAAAAUAAAUGACCACAACGAAAAGUCAGCACAGAAGGAGAGUUCCCUGAGCGCGUUCAGCAGACAAGUUCAGCAUCACAGAGACAAUAGUAAAACUAAACAUAGCUACCUCAGAAUUAAGAACAACAGCAGGAAAUCCUCAGUCAAAGAGGAGGCAAGCAACAGUGAAAGUGCCGCAGAGAGUAAACCUGGAGCUUAUCCCGAUGUCUGUAGAAACCAUUCAGUAGAUCAGUUGUAUGUUACCUCCAGUGCAAGUACUGAUUUAAGUUCUUUUUACAAUAGGGGUUUGUUCCAGAAUGUUAAAGAAGUCUUUAUUCCAUGGUCAGGAGUGGGAAGUAUAAAACAGUUAAAUGGUCGGCGGUGA